AUGAUAGACCACAAUGAAAAUGGAGACUCCGAAUCUCAUAAGUAUAAUAUCCCAAAAACACAGGACCUUGAAACACUUUUUAAUAUACCCGAUUUCUACUUCCUCCUCAACAAUGAAGACACUUGCAAAAAUGAUACUAUAAUACAAGCCCUAAUCAUUGUAACAUCAUAUUUUGGAAAUGUUGAAACAAGAAGUGCUAUGCGAAGAGCAUUUUCCCAAGAAGAUUUAAAGCAGCUGAACUUGAGAAGAAUUUUUCUGCUAGGAAAAGCACCAACUGACAAAUACACUACUCAAAAGGCCAUUGAAAAUGAAAGCCUAAGGUUCAAAGAUAUUAUCCAAGGAAAUUUUAUAGAAGCUUACAGAAACUUAACAUUCAAACAUGUUAUGGGGUUAAAAUGGGCUGCAAGGAAUUGCUUUAAUGCUAAAUUUGUGAUAAAAAUGGAUGAUGACAUUGUUGUGAAUAUAGAAAAAAUAUCUUCAAUUUUGAAUUCAUUGAGAGUUUCUAAUCAUAACAAACUUAUUGCUGGUUAUGUUUUGAGGAACAUGGUGCCUAUCAGAGAACCAGCUAACAAAUGGUUUGUCACUGAGGAAGAGUACUCUCUGUCAGCAUAUCCCCUAUUUGUGUCUGGAUGGUUUUAUGUUACCACACCUCAAACUUGCAAAAACUUAGUAAAUCUGAGUAAUACUACCAGGUACUUCUGGAUAGAUGACACCUAUGUUACUGGUAUUUUAGCAAAAAAGUUGAGAAUCAAGCACUAUGACAUAAAAAAGUAUUUCACAGUACACUCUGAAUUCUUGGACUGUUGUUUGGAUGAUAUUAGAAGCAGAAACCUCAACUGUGAGAUUUUAGUGGGUCCAAAUGGGGGAAACCCCAAUAUGUUUUAUGAAUUCAAUAAUGCCAUUCAAAUUUGUAAUAUGAAUUUGUGUAGGAAUAGGACUAGUCCUAUUGAUGAAACUUGUGUAGCUAAAAAGGUAGAUAAUUUGGGAAGAGGUCAAGGAUCUAUAAAUAGUUAUAAAUUGCAUUAA